AUGAAAAUAAAAGUAAGGACACUUCAGAACAAUGAAGAAGAAAUCAGUGUCGACAGUGAUGACACCAUUUUAGACUUAAAAAAAAAGAUAGGAGUGGCAUUCCCCGAAAUGCCAUCCGAUAAACAGAAGCUUAUUUUCAGUGGAAAUAUAUUACAGGAUGAAAGCAAAGCAGUUGAUGUAUUAAAAGAAAACGGCAUUGUUAUAGUUAUGGCGUGUAAAAAGAUAUUUAGUUCUACGAAGAAUAACCAGACAAAAGAAUCAUCAUCUACAAACAUUUUAAAAAAUAAUGAAAUGGCUUCUUUGCCCACAAAUUGUGAUCAAAAUAAUGCCGCUUCAAAUGUAUUAGAGGAGGGCAGACAAGGCAGUAGCCUUAACAAUGCAGAAUCAGCUUUAGUCACUGGGGAAAAACUAAAAGAGACCAUAGACAACAUCUGUGCUAUGGGGUUUGAAAGAGAAGCCGUAAAAAAGGCCAUGAUAUUAGCAUUUAACAACCCCAAUAGAGCGAUUGAUUAUUUGACAAAUGGCUUUCCAGAUGAAAGUGAAAUGAAUGAGCUAAAUGCACUAAGUACAAUAACUGGGAUGAAUGAAAUGAACGCCAUGAACGCAAUGCCUGACGUGAAUGAAACGAACGAAACGAAUGAAACGAAUGAAACAAAUGAAACAAAUGACAACUCGUACGAGAGAGAAGAUAAUGAGACUGCACCCAAUUUGCCAAACCUUUUAAAUAAUUAUAAUUCCCUACUAGAUAACUCUAGACAAUCUGUACCAGAAAAUACAGAGCAGUUUAGAAAUUCCCCAUUUUUUAAUAUCCUACGAGAUGUAGCUUUAACGAAUCCACAACGCAUUCCAGAAAUUCUAGAAAUGAUAGGAAGGACGGAUCCUUCGUUUUUAGAAUUUAUACGAGAGAACCAAGGCGAAUUUAUAAGGGCCAUUCAAAAUUAUGGCAAUAAUGACCAUAUAGCAGCUAAUGCAGAAAAUGAUUUAAUGGAAGGAGAAGUAUUUGAUGAUCCCGAGCACCAAAAUAUUAUUACCGACCCCAAUAAUGAAAAUUUUCAUAUUCCCAUUACGCCUUUAAAUGAGACCGAAAUGGAAAGUAUUAAAAAGUUGGAAUCGCUUGGAUUUCCAAAGCACUUAGCGUUGGAAGCUUUCAUUGCUUGUGAUAAGAAUGAGGAAAUGGCGGCCAACUAUUUGUUUGAAAAUAUGAAUGACUACGCGUCUGAGUAA